AUGGUUGAUCCUUCACAUAUUGAUAUGUCAUUUGUGUCUACUUGGAGAGAGGGGAUGAAUUUGUGUAAAGGGUUGACUUUUGCCAAUAAAGAGGAGGUGAAGCGCGUAUUAACAAUUUGUGCCGUCAAGGAAAACAAACAUUUUACGAUCAUUAGGUCGACGACGAAAAAACUUUGUGCGAAAUGCGUGCAUGAGUCAUGCAAGUGGUAUGUCUGCGCAGUUAUGAAGCCCGAUCUCCACCAACUAUUCACCGUGUAUGUGGGUCCUCACACGUGUAUACCGACUGGGGUGCGAAAUGAUGGUAGAAUGAUGAGUUGUAAUUUUAUUGCAUCAGACAUCCAUCAGAAGUUAUGUGAGGAUCACACUACCCCAGUUAAGCAUCUCAGAUCUAUGAUAGAGACGAAAUAUAAUGGCCAGAAGCCUUCUUACUACAAGGUAUGGGAAGUGAAACAAAAGGCGAUUGCGAAGAUGUUUGGGAAUUGGGAAGAGUCUUACCAAAGGUUGCAAAAAUUGCUAAUGGCAUAUAUUGAUCAGGACCCGACUACCCAAGUGUUCUAUCGUAUCACAUCCACCGAUGAAGAUGACGCCGGAAAGUUGUUGGUCGCAAUGACAACCGACGCUAACAACAAGGUAUUCCCUCUUGCAUUUGCUGUUGUGGAUUGUGAGUCAGGGUCUAGUUGGAAGUGUAUCAAAAACACCAUUGCAAACUGGCCUAGAAGGGAUGAUGGAAGUACACCAGUAUUUCAUAGAUAUUGCCUUCGACAUGUUGUUAGCAACUUCAACACCCAUUUUCAGAACUCAACUCUAAAGUCAGCGGCGUUGAAAGCGGGAUAUGCUAGUCAGGUAAUGAAAUUUGAUGCCAUAAUGGAGUCCAUUAAGCAGGUGGAAAUUGAGGCCAUUAGGAAUAAGAAGAAGGUGAAGGAGAAGGAUGGCAAGGAAAAGAAUCAAGAUUAUCUUCCAUACACAUACCUAAUGGGCGAGUCUGUGGAUAUGUGGAGCCAAUCAAAUGAUGGUGGGAGACGUUUUGGGGCAAUGACAACCAAUAUAUUAGAGUGCUUCAAUGGUGUACUGAAAGGUGCACGGGGUCUUCCUAUUGCCACGUUGGUUGAGUUCACUUGGAACAAACUUGUUCAAUAUUUCCACGACCGACGCAAAGAAUACCAUUUUGAGUUCUUAGAGGGUAAGAAAUGGAGUGAAUAUGCCUUCUCCACGUGGGAUGGAAAUAAGCGUAAAUCUGAGAAACACUAUCUUAAGCCAUUUAGCAAUGAAGAACUGAUAUUUCAAGUAGUUACCCAACUUAACACGUGUAGCACAGGAAGGAGAAACCACAAUUAUGAAGUUCGGUUACAGGAAAGAACAUGCAGUUGUGGGAAAUGGCAAAACAUAGGGAUCCCGUGUUCACAUGCAAUUAGAGUAUGUGACUAUUUACAUAUUGAUUUGACCACAUAUAUUCACCCAUGUUAUGGUUUGAACAAUGCCCUUAACACUUAUGAGCAUGUAUUUGUGGUUCCAAAGUCGCAGUCGUUGUGGAGGGAUCCCAUGGGGCCAAAGUGGUUGCCUAAUCCAGCAUUGUUGCGGGCCAAAGGUCGACUAGUGAAGUCGAGAAUAAGGAAUGAGAUAGAUGGAGUGAGGAAUAAGGAUCGAGAACUGGGAUGGCGGAGGGAGGACGCAGAUUUGAUACAGAGUCAACCCAAGAAGACAUGUGGACUGUGCCAUGCUUCCGGGCAUAACUGUAGAAAAUAUCCGCAGUCCCGUGGCGCUUCCACAAGCGGUCAUGUUCCACAGCAUGCUUCCAUGGAUGACGUUUUUGUCGUGCAGAUCGGCGAUCUUUGGAAAAGCGACUACGUUGUAUUGGCUCUAUGUGAACUUUUUGGUUUUUGUUGA